GGAACAGGUGCAGGACAGGUAGCUCCUUACUGAGACCUGGUGGAGAGGGAAGGAUCGCCUUCCUAGUCAGAAGGACUCCAGUGAUACCUGGAACGCACACCGUGGUGUCCUUCUUAAUUUUCACUCACAAGAUGAAACCAGUGUGCCGUCAAGUGAGGAAACAGCUUUGAAUGAAGACAUGUUUUUCCCCUUCCCAAACUGUUCUUCAAAUCACGAUCGGAUGAAGGUCACACAGGUGACUUGGGCUUUACCGGGUCUACUGAAUGACUGACGCCUUGGAGCCAGAGGCUGAGUUGUCUGGACACAAAUCCUUUAAAGGUGAUUUGAAAACAUCGACACUCAGAAUACCAUGGCAAGCUCGGACUCUUCCUGGAAUGACCCACAGACUGUAUGUAUAUUACCUUUGACCCAGGAAGACGCCUCUGUGCUCUAGAAACCCUCCUUGCGGCAGAUGUGUGGCACACAAUCGCACACGGGGUAGGAGAAGCCCACAGCAUGGGUUUUCCAAUGCUUGUGCCUUUCAGUCCUUGGAGCUGGUUGCUACUGCUGGUGGCCCUCAAGUGUUCUGAAGCAUCUUCAGAUUUGAACAAAUCCACAAAUUCCACUGCCCAGCAUGAACCUAAUGUUCGGUUUGCGGCUGCCAGCUCAGAGGCCGAUGAGAAGAUAUCUGUUUUUGCCCUGGAUUAUGACUACGUACAGAUUCCUUAUGAGGUCACCCUCUGGAUACUUUUAGCAUCCCUUGCAAAAAUAGGCUUUCAUCUUUACCACAGACUACCAGGCCUCAUGCCAGAAAGCUGCCUCCUCAUCAUAGUUGGGGCUCUGGUGGGCGCCAUCAUCUUCGGCACUGACCAUAAAUCUCCUCCCGUCAUGGAUUCAAGCAUCUACUUCCUGUACCUCCUUCCACCCAUCGUCCUGGAGGGUGGUUACUUCAUGCCCACCUGGCCCUUCUUUGAGAACAUUGGGUCCAUCCUGUGGUGGGCAGGCCUAGGGGCCCUGAUCAAUGCCUUUGGCAUUGGCCUCUCUCUCUACCUCAUCUGCCAGAUCAAAGCUUUUGGCCUCACUGACGUCAACCUGCUUCAGAACCUUCUAUUUGGCAGCCUGAUCUCAGCCGUGGACCCCGUGGCCGUGCUGGCUGUGUUCGAGGAAGCGCGUGUGAACGAGCCACUCUACAUGAUGAUCUUCGGGGAGGCCCUUCUCAAUGACGGCAUUAGUGUGGUCUUAUACAAUAUAUUAAUUGCCUUCACAAAGAUGCAUAAAUUUGAAGACAUAGAACCUGUUGACAUUUUGGCUGGAUGUGCCCGAUUCAUUAUUGUGGGGGUUGGAGGAGUGUUUUUCGGCAUAAUUUUUGGGUUUAUUUCUGCAUUUAUCACGCGUUUCACUCAGAAUAUCUCUGCCAUCGAACCACUCAUCGUCUUCAUGUUCAGCUACCUGUCUUACUUAGCUGCGGAAACACUCUACCUCUCCGGCAUCCUGGCAAUCACAGCCUGCGCAGUAACAAUGAAGAAGUAUGUAGAGGAAAAUGUGUCCCAGACAUCCUACACCACCAUCAAGUAUUUCAUGAAGAUGCUGAGCAGCGUCAGCGAAACCUUGAUCUUCAUCUUCAUGGGUGUGUCCACCAUUGGGAAGAACCAUGAAUGGAACUGGGCCUUCAUCUGUUUCACCCUGGUCUUCUGCCAGAUCUGGAGAGCCAUUAGCGUAUUUGCUCUCUUCUAUGUCAGUAACCAGUUUCGGACUUUCCCCUUCUCCAUCAAGGACCAGUGCAUAAUUUUCUACAGUGGUGUCCGAGGAGCUGGAAGUUUUUCACUUGCAUUUUUGCUUCCUCUGUCUCUUUUUCCUAGGAAGAAAAUGUUUGUCACUGCUACUCUAGUAGUUAUAUAUUUUACUGUAUUUAUUCAGGGAAUCACAAUUGGCCCACUGGUCAGGUACCUGGAUGUUAGAAAGACCAAUAAAAAAGAAUCCAUCAAUGAAGAGCUUCAUAUUCGUCUGAUGGAUCACUUGAAAGCUGGAAUUGAAGAUGUGUGUGGGCAAUGGAGCCACUACCAAGUGAGAGACAAGUUUAAGAAGUUUGAUCACAGAUAUUUACGGAAAAUCCUAACCCGAAAGAACCAGCCCAAGUCCAGCAUUGUCUCCUUGUACAAGAAGCUGGAAAUGAAACAAGCUAUCGAGAUGGUAGAAACUGGGAUCCUCAGUUCCACAGCCUUUUCCGUACCCCACCCGGCCCAGAGGAUACACAGAACUAAAAGGCUUUCCCCGGAAGACGUGGAGUCCAUGAGGGACAUUCUGACACACAACAUGUACCAAGUUCGACAAAGGACCCUGUCCUACAACAAAUACAACCUCAAACCCCAAACAAGCGAGAAACAGGCUAAAGAGAUUCUGAUCCGCCGCCAGAAUACCUUAAGGGAGAGCAUGAGGAAAGGCCACAGCCUGCCAUGGGGAAAGCCGGCUGGUACUAAAAACAUCCGCUACUUGUCCUUUCCCUAUGGCCACCCUGAGCCAAUAAGAAGAGACCCGAAUGUUGCUGAUUUCACAGGUGAUGAUAGCAGCGAUUCAGAGCUCCCAUCCAUCAUGUUCAAACCACACCCUCGAACAGGGACACUUCAAGAAAGACGGCUGACACAAGAGAUAAUCCCAAUGAAGAGUUUUCCCAGAGGAGGGAAGCCAUGGCACUUUGGGUAUCCAAGAAACACAAGCCAAGAAGAGCAUGUUGGCACAGGCAGAAGGGAGGCACUACGGCCCAAACCACUGUUCCACGCAGUAGAUGAAGAGUUUGAAUCUGGAGAGGAGAGUGAGGAGGAGGCCUCAGCAGGUGGGUCCCGAUGGUCAGCGGAGCACAGACCCAGCAAGCAACACCACAGGUCCCACAGUCCAUUGCUCCAAAGAAAAUAAUUUCAUCAUCCACAGGAUUGUCUCCAUGUAUUUCAAGAGUCCAUUUUCCUAUUAUUGUGGAAGAAGGAUUUUCCAAGUUUCAAAGAGAGCUACUGAGUUUAUUUUUCAGAAGAUAUUAGACAUGUAUCUAUUAGAGGAAGGGGGAUUUUUCUGGAGAAUGACUUGGAACAAAUUUGUGGGCUCUGCUACAUUCUUGGUUGGUGUACUCUGCAGGUGAAUUCCCUAAAAGUGAUAAAUGUUAAUCAUCACAGGGAUUAUUGCUAAAAUUCCUAAGAGUGUGUGAUCUAUGAAAUUCAUUGAGAUACAAGCAUGAUUGGUCAAGUAAUUCACCUUGACUAUCUGCAUGUGCAGCUUAUAAACGAGUUAGAACUGGAAAGGGCCUGGGAAAUCGCCUGGCCCAGUCCUCUGUGUUUACAAAGAAAGACACCUUGCCCAAGGUCCAUGGUGAGUUGCUGCUUUCAAAGCUGGCUGUACUCUAUCUAGAGAGAAUGCAUUCAGUUUUCAUUUUCAUGUAUACUAUGUGAGAAUUAUACUUCUGGGGAAAGGCAAAAUUUGCCACAACAUGGCUAUAUUUAAUCAGUAGCAAUAAUAAAUGGAUGUGAUAUGUUCUAGAGGAUUAAUCUGUGAUAUGUUCUACAAGCAAUGGGCUUGUAGUCUAUUUAAAAACGAAAUAGCCAUACACAGUCUUUAAUAAUGAUGACACGAGCAACAAGUAUUUGUUAGACAUGUAGUUGUAGGCUGUGAUACUGUGCCCUAGGGUUGGAAACUAUUUCCCUAUUUAAUUUUCCAUCCUCAUCACCGCCAGACUUGACCUUGAGCCUCACAGUCCAGAUGGUCUAGCUCACCAGCUUUGCUAGAUGACUUUCUCUUUCCUCCCUUCUUGUCCUCCCUCCCUCUUCCCUCUGCUGGCCACCUGUAGAUGAACACAUAUUUAUUUGUUGUGUGAAAUGGCUGAUCUAUCAUAAACAAUUAAGCAUACUAUCCUUGAUCAUUGCUAUAUUUGAUAUUUCUUUUUUUUUUAAGAUUUAUUUAUUUAUUUGACAGAGAGAGAUUACAAGUAGGCAGAGAGGCAUGCAGAGAGAGAGAGGAGGAAGCAGGCUCCCUGCUGAGCAGAGAGCGCAAUGCGGGACUCGAUCCCAGGACCCUGAGAUCAUGACCUGAGCCGAAGGCAGCGGCUUAACCCACUGAGCCACCCAGGCGCCCUAUAUUUGAUAUUUCUAAUCAUCCCCAAAUGAUUUAAUCAUAUACAUCUUUAAAGGAUGCUUUCUGAUGCACCCUGCUCUCUAGACCUGCCUUGAUCCCCUUACUCAGAAGCAAUGAAGUGAUCUGCUUCCUCCUGGGGGUCCCACAUCACUUUGUGUGUGUUACAGAACUUAUCUAGGAAUUGCAUGUAUUCCUGUGUGCGCAUCUGACGUGGUCUGAAGGACAAGGGGGAUGGUCUGUUCAUUUUAAAUUUUAUCCAUUCAACAGUAGUGUUUUUUAUGUUUCGUAUUUACCCUUUUUCUAUUCUUUUAAACUUCUCUCUCUCUCUCUCUCUCUCUCUCUUUUUUUUUUUUUUUUGGUCUUAGUUAUUACAAUACAUAGUGGAUUAUCUAUUAAUGUUGAGGCAACAGUGACUUUUUGGUAUUUUUUGGCUUCUGAAUCUGAAAUAUAAGACUGCUUCUAGGUUGCCUAAAUAUGUUAGGUUAUGUGUUACCAAGUAAUAGUAAUCAGCCCAAAGAGAUAGAAGUAUGUAUAAAAACCAGGCAUCUCUGGGUUUGGGUUGUUGUUUUUUUGCCGUUUAUUAUUGUUCAAACAAACAAGCAGUCAAAGCAACAGAAAAAACUUGAUGCCCCAUGAGAGGGAGUCAGUGAGUCAUUAUCUUCAAACUGUAGAUGAAGAUACAGAGAUAGCAUAGAAGCAUCAGAAAUCACCUUUCCAAAGCCAUAUGCAAAGCUGAUUCUUAAGAUUCGGCUGGGUUCCUUGCUAGAUUCUCCACAUAACAGAAAUUCAAACUAUGAAAGUCAGAGUACCCAGCUAGUCUGGCUACCCAGAAUAGCUAGCAAAGUCUAAAGAUUAGUGGACUUCAUCUAAUUCUUCUGUUUUCUCUGAGAUGUUGCUGCCAUUUGAGAGUGGGAUUUAGUGAAUAGAUGGGAAUUUGCCCCUUUUAUUGGUAGAAAACAUCAUAAAGUUGUUAGCCCCGAGGCCCUCUGUUCAUCUAGAUCCUGUCUGGCUCUGGCUGACUGUGUCAGGAAAGUGGCUCUGGAGUUCCUUCUUGCAAAGUAUGACAUAUUGAGGUCCCUUGUGGUCCUGGUAGCUGGUAGACUUGGCGAGCUCAUGGUGGAAAUGGCCUCUUUCCUCAGUCAUCCAGGGUGGUUUCCAAAGGUAAUGUGACCUGAUCUUCAUCCCACUGGCGACAGCCUACUCGGGAUUGGUUGAGGGUAUGAUCAAUACCCCAAGAGUGCUCUUGGAUAUGGGUUUCACAUUACGAGUUUUUCCAACAGGCACCAUGCAGUGCAGCAGAGAAAGUUCCCUUUUGAGUGCUGAGAAAUAUCUGCUUCUUGUUUCCCUUCGUGUUCAGGGAGAGGUCGGAAUCCCAUGAGGGUGCUCUCCUGGGCCCAGCGACUUCUCCACCAGGGGCUGAAUUUGCCCUUCUAUCUUCAACCUUGAAAAAGCAAACACACAACCCACAGAAUCUUAUCCCUGCCUCUCGCCCCUCAGUGUUUUUUUACUUUCUCAAACCUGUUCUUAUUAUUAGCCUUAAUGGACUUAGAUUUUAGUAAAUUCUGAAUUUGGGUAAAGGAGCAUUUCCUUUUCUUUAUCCUAUACAGGACCCUAAAGGUUUCCCACAUGUUUGCUGGUGUUUGGAAUGUGGUAAAUAUUUGUACACACCCCACCCAAACCUGAUGGGAUGCUAUGGGACCUCCCCUGUCUUUCAUCACCUGCUAAAAGAGAAACCUUGGCUGCAGGAGAGAGUCUGCUAUGACAGAUUGUGGAUGGCAUUCUGGACACUCUAUUGUGCUUCCCUCAUGGUUUUCUUUCUCGGGAAGGCCAGAUACUAUGCUUCUCUUCUGAGAAACAGUUACAGGGUCAUGGGAAGUAGGGCUAGACUUGCCACUUGAAUUCAGUAAUAAAAUUACCAUGCCUGGGUAGAAGAGGUGACUACUACUGCUCAGGUCUUCGGCCUACAUUGUUGGUUCCAGCCCAUAGGGAAGUUCCUAGAAAACUUCCUCACCUCCUCAGAUGUCUGCCACUCAGAUCAUUUAGAUUUUUAAAUCAACAUAGUUACUUCAGUGCUCAGGCUCUGAGGGUGAAAGCCGAUUUUAGCUGUGGGACUUUGGACAACCUAGUUAUCUUUCCCAAGCUAAAAUUUACCCAUUGAUAAAAUAAGGUAGUUAUUUAAUCUACCUCAUCAUUAGGAUUAAAUUAGGUAAUAUUUGGAAAAUUCUCAGCUUAGUGCUUGUUUUAUAGUAAGAGCUUGAUCAUUAACAGCUAUAAGUAUUUAGGCAAAAAUGCAGGUACUCAUGACAGAGGAAUAUUACAUGAAGCAGUAUAAAUAACAGACAUCUGAGACUUUUCUGAGAGGCAGUUUGAAUGACAUAAUUGAGGACACUUGGGGCUAUCCAUCAAUCUGUAGCAAAACCAGAAAUCAGGUCUGGAUACAGAUUCAUGUUUUUCCAGCAAAGCUUAUUUAAUUUUUCUGUCAUUACCUCAAAAUUAUUGUAUUUCCUUGCUUGGGGGGAUGGUCACCAUGGUACCCGAUCCUAAGCAUGGCUUACUCUCAAAGAGACAAUGAAUUUAGAAGACCUACUCCUGCAUUUCAUGACAGGUACCCAGUGAAGAAAGGGAAAAUUUCUCUGCGUUGGGGUUUAACUCCUUGACUUGAAAUCUUUUCUCUAAGAGACCUUCGCUCUGAAAGAAUGAUUAUUUUUAACUUAUAAAUAUUAACUAGUGAAAUAAGUGUUUAAGGACUUUCAGCCUGGAAAAAAAAGUAGUUUUUAUUGUGUUUUGUAACUUCCUAAAAUUAGGGAAAAUAUAUAUAUAUUUUAAUAAAUAAGGGCAGUGCAUAUGUUUGUGUUGUGUAGGGUUUUUGAAAAUAUUUUUAUUGACAAGUAAUACAGGUAGUUUCUUGUAGUUUUAAUUUUUUUUCCCCCUGACUAAACUCUGUCAAGUAUCUUAUUUCUAACUCCUCCUGAGAAAACCCAGCAGUGCAGACAGAAAGCUUCCUUUUAGGACAUUAGUCACUGCUAAUUGUUAAUUGGGCCAUAAGCCGAAGGGAAUAAAAGAGAUGCCUGCAUCAGUGCUAGUCACUCCUGUAAUUAGCAAGUGAUAUGUUGUUUCAUCUGUGUACAAUAUUUGAUUUAAUAAAUUCUUUUUCUUUCUGAGACUCUAACAAGCUUCCAAGCCAAGGGUGCUCCAAGUGAGUAUGGCAGGUCAGAAAUCAAAAUUUCCAUUUUCUGGCCUUCUUCAUGUUAGGGCUUAUUCAACAAAGUAAUUGGAGCCAUGUUGUAAACUGAAUGGAGAUGGUCACUACUCUGUUUCCAGACACAGUGAUAUAAAUCUUGAAUCAAAAUGGGUGGUCCUAAAAUCAAGGUGGAUACUCUGUGUCCUAAGAGAUUAGUCUUGAAUAAAACAGUAAUAUUAGCCAACACUUGAGGGCUUGCUAUACUCUGGGCACUAUUCAAAAUGCUUUACUAUAGUUGGAUGCAAUGUCACCCCAUCUGAAAAGAAAGAGUACAGCUUUAGAGAGAUUGAAUAAGGGGUUCAAGGUCUCCCCACUUCCAGCAAAGAUGCUGGAAACUGAGUCUAUUUAGUUCAUAGCCAUUGACCUAAACUUUCUCCCUGAGGAGAAUUGAGAAUUUAAUUUUUUUCUCACUUGGGAAAGAUCCAAUGGGAAGAAAUGGAGGACUUCCAUCCUACAAAAAAGGAACUUGGCUAGGCAACUGGGUGGCUCAGUGGUUAAGCAUCUGCCUUUGUCUCAGGGCAUGAUCCCAGGGUCCCGGAAUCGAGCCCCGCAUCGGGCUCCCUGCUCAGCAGGAAGCCUGCUUCUUCCUCUCCCACUCUCCCCUUGUGUUCCCUCCCUCGCUGUGUCUCUUUCUGUGAAAUAAAUACAUAAAAUCUUUAAAAAAAUUAAAAAGGAACUUGGGUUUAAAAUGGACAAAUAAAUACAGUGGAAGGUGAUGUGAUUUUGAAAUUGUGUUUUUUACAGAGGUUGGAAAGGGGUUAGUAGAAUGACUGAGUUCUGAAGCAUUCAUCUAAUAUUUAAAGCAUUCAUCUAAUAUUUAAAUACAUAUAUUCCUGGUAAGCAUUGUACCAUUAAUUGGAAACAGCAUGUGCCUGGCUUUCUACUAAGAACUUUUCACUUUUGUUGUUUUUGUUGUUGUUGUUUUUUAAAGAUUUUAUUUAUUUGAUAGAGAGAGAGAUAUCCAGAGAGGGAACACAAGCAGGGGGACGGGAAAGGGAGUAGCAGUGCUCCCCACUGAGCAGGGAGCCCAAUGCGGGGCUUGACCCCAGGACCCUGGGAUCAUGACCUGAGCCGAAGGCAGACACUUAAUGUCUGAGUCACCCAAGUGCCCCCUAAGAACUUUUCAUACACAUUUUUAAAAAUUAAAUUCUCAGGGUGCCUGGGUCGCCCAGUUGGUUAAAUGUUUGCCUUUGGCUCAGGUCAUGAUCCUGGAGGACUGGAAUCGAACCCCCCAGUCGGGCUCCCUUCUUGAUGGGGAAUCUGUUUCUCCCUCUCCCUCUGCUUGCCACUUCCCCUGCUUGUACUCUCUCUCUCUGUCAAAUAAAUAAAUAAAAUAUUUAAUAAAAAAUUAAAAAUGAAAUAAAAUUAAAUAUUUAUAACAA